UGCUUUGCGGCUGCCGGGCGGGAUAUCCGCAUUAGCUAAUAACAUGGCGAAGACUUACGAUUACUUGUUUAAACUACUCCUGAUCGGAGAUUCAGGCGUCGGGAAGACAUGUGUCUUAUUCAGAUUUUCAGAAGAUGCCUUCAAUUCAACGUUUAUCUCUACUAUAGGCAUCGACUUCAAAAUUAGAACGAUAGAGCUAGAUGGAAAGAAGAUCAAGCUACAAAUAUGGGACACAGCUGGGCAGGAGCGGUUCCGAACAAUAACAACAGCCUACUAUAGGGGAGCCAUGGGCAUCAUGUUAGUGUACGACAUCACCAACGAGAAGUCAUUCGACAACAUCAAGAACUGGAUCAGGAACAUCGAGGAGCACGCCUCGGCGGACGUGGAGAAGAUGGUGCUGGGCAACAAGUGUGACGUCAACGACAAACGUCAGGUGUCCAAAGACAGGGGCGAGAAGCUGGCGUUGGAGUACGGCAUCAAGUUCAUGGAGACCAGUGCAAAGGCCAACAUCAACGUGGAGAAUGCCUUCUUGACGCUUGCCAGAGACAUCAAAGCCAAAAUGGACAAGAAACUGGAGGGGAACAGCCCCCAGGGCAGUAGUCAGGGGGUGAAGAUCACAGAACAGCCCAAGAAGAGCAGUUUCUUCCGCUGCUCCCUGCUGUGAGGUCUGCUCCUCCCCCUCCGCCUUAACUUGUCCCUUAUUGGACAGAACUGGACUGGGCGUGCUCAGAGCUCUCCUCCUUUCUUCCCUCCCUCCCUCCUCUUUCACCCUGCCUUAGUUGAUCCCACUCUCCCAUGCCUUACGAGGCAGGCGGUUGGUUCCUGUGCCUCACCAUGGUGCCCAGGUCCUGAGGGCGGUGGUGCUCUAAUUGGUUUAUUACUAUCAGGUUAACAAUCAUCGGAAUCAGUCAGGUGAUUAAGUGGUCUAAGGAGGACCUGGUGCCUCCUGUUUCAUCACGUUGUCCAGACCUCAGACCAGGUUGAACCCUGAAGGUCCCACCAAGGUUGUCCUCCUCCCACUGUCUCCCCCCCCUUCUCUCUCUCUCUCUCUCUCUCUCUCUCUCUCUCUCUCUCUCUCUCUCUCUCUCUCUCUCUCUCUCUGUCUCUCUCGCUAUAUGUCUCUCGCCCUCGUUUGUUUUGUUAUCGGUACUCAACUGCUUGUCAGUUCGGAGUCGCACUCAUGCCAAGUGAACUUCUACUGUGAAGUCUGUACCUUCCGGCAUUUUCCUCCUCCCACGCCAGGUUGAGUUCCAAUUGUUCAGAGUUCCACUUAUGUUCAAUUGAAAAUGUGUGUUUCCUUGGUGAGCAUCCUUACUUCAACAUCUUGGAUUGAAAGCAGUUUUUCAAGAAACGGUUGCCAGUACGGGCUGAAGUUUUCCAAAUCAAAGCCACUUUACACCUACCUUGUUGGAUGUUCUCGUUGCUGUGUCUUUUGAGAUGAUGUGUGAUACAGUUCAGUGAGGCUAACCCCUGUUGUUGUUUAGAUUAUAAAUAUGGAUGGUCAGGGUUAUUGCAUAUUUCCUCAUGGGAUUUCCGUUUCAUCUGAAAAAUGGGGGGGGGGGGGGUUCAAUACACAGUGACAUUCCAUUUCUGAUAGUUUCAUCUUUUAUCCUUGUAUGUGUUGUAUUGUAGCUCUGAGGUCUGUAGUUUUUACACACCAGUAUUAUUCCCUUCAAUAGGCCUUAUUAUUCCCAACAGCAUUCUACUGUUGUGCACUUGAUUAAGCUGGUCAGGGUUUUGAGCUGUAAGUAACAAUACAAGCACCAGGGGGCAACCGCAUAUGUCCAAGACCGGGAAGACGAUUUUGAAUAGGAGAUCAGUUUACCAGAUAUUAGUAUUACUCACAUACGAUUUGUUCGUGGCGCUAGAGUAUUAAUAAUAAUAAACAGCGCAAUUAACAUACUGUUAUACUUUAGUGUGGAGCAAAAGACUUGCAAUAGAUCUACAGUAAAAAGCAAUGAGUGAAAUAGGUUUCUGGUUUAAAGAUGCUCUUUUGUGGUCUUCGUCAUGCACUUUCCUGUAGCCCUCUUUAUUCCAGGACUAGUUGAGGGUGAACUUGAUGCUAUAUUCCACAUUACUCCAGACCAGACCACAAUAUUGAGAUGUUCUCAUGCUGGUCUUCCUAUUUGUAUUUCCUGGUGUAGAAUGAUUCAUUAUUGUUGACCUAUCGUUUUGUUUGCCUGGCCUUCCCUUCCCUAUACUUUCCUCUGAGCCCGCCCCUGUUCCAUAUCAACACAUUGUGUCUUAUCAAGGCCUGAUUGAGGGUCGUUCUUCUCAAUCGCGGCCGCCUGAACUAUGCACCUGGAGACUGGAGGGCUGUCGGAUCACAGCACAUUCCACAUGAUGAAAAGACAUGCUUCUCUUUGAAAAUAGAAAUGUGCAAAGGGUCUCUAUUCCUCUGUUUGGUUUCUCUUUUAUGUUUCUCUUUCGACAUUUUUCUUUCACGCCCAUCAUUCCUGAUUUAUUUUUGUCUUCAUGUCGCUCGUGAGUUUCUUCCUCAAUGCAAGCGUCUAUAGGAAAAUUAAAAGCAUAGAACACUUCACUGUAUGACCUUUCUCUGAAUUUACACAACUGUUUUCUCUAGUGGCCUUAAAAACCCUCUGAAGCUCCAGAACUCUAUGCUCCUCCCAGUCCCACACUUGCAGGAAGGCUCACGAUCAUGGUUUUCUUUAAAUCUGACAGAUUUUCAUGUGGCAGUAUUGUUUUUGAUUUGACCAUAAUCUGAAGGUUUUCCCCUCCCAAUUAUUACUAUUAUUUGUCUUAUUUGUCUAUCAUUAAACGUUUAUAAAGUUAUUUCUUUGAACGUCAUUAGCUUGUCCAAGUCAUUAUUUUGAUUUCUUGUUAGUGGGUUGAAUGGGAGAGAAAUUUGCAUUUUGGAAUUUAAAAAAUGUAAAUAAUACGAUAAAAUUAAGAUGAUUGUACCAUGCUUUUUAAAAAUCGUAUUGAGAUGUUCUGUCGAUAUGUGAUAUCUGAUGAUUUAUAAUUAAAAUGAGAUUCUUUAAAACAGG